AAAUAGUAUAUAUGAAUUCAAGAAAUGGAUCUAAAGAAAGACAAUAGAAGGAUAUUGUUAAAUCAUUAUUCUGGGAACAUUCUAAAAAUUUACCACCUUUUUUUGCUGAGAAUGUUUUAUUUUUAGAAAUGGAAGUAGAAUGUAAUAAUGUUACAAUUGAAGUUGUAAAUUAAUUAUUGGAAUUAUAUCGUGUAUUUUACUAUAUUAUGAUUAAGAUUGGUGUGGAAUACUUUGAAUCAAUAAAGAGCAAUAAAUUUUUGAUUUUUAAGAAUAAAACGUAGUAAUUAUUAAUGAAAGGGACAGUAAAUCAAUGCAUGAAUGUUGCUUAUGAAGAAUUAAAACAUGAAACUGCUCUUAAGAAAACAACAAAUUCUGAAAAUUAAGAGAAAAUUCCUCCUUUACCUCCAUCAUCAAGAUUAGUAAUUGCUUAAAAAUCUUAGAAAUAAUAAGAAGUGGAGAAUCAACUCAAAUAUAUUAAAGAAUAAGACCAGAAAUUACAAGUUAAUUAACUUUUAGAAUAUCAUGGUUAUGAGUCACAGAGAGUUACUAGAUUACAUAAUAAGUGAUCUAUCUAAUUUGAUUAUCAUAGAGCAUUACAAGAGUAGGAAGAUUAAGUGCAACAACGCUUAUAAAGAAGACGAAUGUAGUCUGUAAAGUUAAAAGGAUAAAUAUGACGAA